AUUAUUCAACACACCUAAUAUUUUGUGCAUAGUUAGAGAAAUUUACGAUUCUAAUCUUGGCGCGAUAGCGUAUAAUAUGCAACAUGAGCGAGACAUUGUAUAAUGAUAUGAGAUACACGUGUGGCAUAAAUAUAGAACAAAACAAGAUAUAACGAAAAAAUAAUGAAAUAUGACAUUGCACUUUGCAGGUACUAUGGUAUUGCUGGCACUGAGCUUUUUAACAUCAUAUUUUUAUUACAUUCCACGAGCGACACUAGCGGCUGUGCUGAUAUCCGCUGUGUUAUUCAUGAUCGAUGUGAAAAUCAUAAAAUUACUCUGGAAGGGAAGCAAAAUGGAUGCAAUCGCAGCGAUAGGGACUUUUGUGGUCUCCAUUUUUAUCGGCAUUGAAAUCGGACUCCUUCUUGGUGUCAUUUUCAAUUUGAUUCUUUUUAUUCGACUGUCCGCGAGAUUGACGCUUCAAAUAGUCAAUUGCAAAACUCGUCUAGGAAAUAAAUAUAUGAUGUUAAAACCUGAAAACUGUCUCUAUUAUCCCGCAGUAGCUUCCUUCUGCGAGAAAGUCAUGAGUUUAGCUGGAAACAACGUUCCGUUGAUUAUGAAUUGUGAAAUAUUCAAUAGUCUCGAUUACACUUCAAUCAAGGGUAUUGAAACGUUAUCGAAAAAAUUGAACAGCGAGAGAAAUCAAUUCUGGCUAUUGCAUCUUAAUUCCAAUGUCGUGAAAAGUUUUGACAUUCUCGCUGAUAACAAAUAUAUUCGUUUGAUCGAAAAAGAAGAGAGCAUCGCAGAUGUUCUUUACAACGAUGCUUUAUCUAGUAAAAAUUCUGAAGAUCGGAUCAAUAUUACUAUGAAACAAGCAACGGAAAUGAAAAAUCUGAAUCGCGAAGAUCUUUUGUAUUCAAAUUCACGACAAAAUGAUUCCGAAUCCAAUGCCGAAGAAUUGGCCUUAAUGUCACCAUCCGAAUGUAAAAUACAACAAUAAUCAAACAACUCUGUCUUUAAUAUUUAUACUCUGUUGAUUCUGUAAUUUAAAAAAAGCCGCUUUUUUCAAAAAUUGUAGAAAGAAAACUAAAAUUAUUUUCUUUUCGGAAAGAAGUAAAUAUGGCAAAUCUUAUAUUACGAACACACAUAAAUUUUUUUAACGAAUUUUUCUAUCUUUGGGAAAGGAACCGCGAAAAUCAAUGGAAAAAUGGGAAAAAACGGUUUUUUUCCGAAAUUUUAAAACUAUAGUUUUUAGUAUUGAUUCUAAAUAUAAAAUGCAACUGAACGCUGCGUUCCGCAAAGCGCAUGAUUUGUCAGUUUAAGUUUGUUUAACAUUUGAUAAACAACAAGGAUAAAAUAAUACAUUAUAUGCAGUAUAUACGCUUUACGGAAUCAAAGAGAAUUUGGAUCGAAAUUAAAUUUUCAAAACAAGGCGUUUAGAUUCUAUACGCUGUCUGUAAUGUAAAGAUAAAAAUUUCUUAAAACGGAUUUUAUCGAAUAUAUGACGACUUCGUUCGUCUUUUCGCAAAAGACUCGAGUAGAAUGCAUUUAAAGUGAAAAGAUUUCUCUCUAUAUCAAAGAAACGUAGCAUGAUAAUGUUGUACAUUCAUUAAUUAAAAGUUGCUGUUUGCAGCGCAAACCAAACGCUUUACUAGUGGCUCACUAUGAGAUUCAAAGCAAGAUGAGCGUACAUUAACGCCGAAACCAUCAAAUUGACUUCCGACCUAUUAGAAAAUUCACUAUUAUUAUUUCACAUUACAUUAUGAAGCACAAGGAUAUAAUCAUAACCGUCACGAAUCUUCUAGAAGGUCGGAGUAGCAAAAGCGAGCGCUGCACAGAUCCCAUUCAAUAGAAGUUACAUUCAAUAGAAGUUUUUUGUGAGACACGAACGCAAAUUCUUUCCGAUACCAAUACUCAGUUUUGCGCUGGAAGUUCUUCGCUCAUUCUCUAAUUAACUUUUUCAAUCGUUGCAUCGCAUUAUUAUCGCAAAUUACACGCAUCGAGAUAGGUCAUAAGUCACAGGAUGGUCUAACAUAUAAUUGGGCCGCGGUGCUAAAUCGCGAACGACUGUGCACUUUGUACAUUAAUUGGUAAGCUCAAAUACGAAGAUAAAAAAUAAGUCUGUCUUUCUUCAUCCAAUUCUCUUCCUCGUAAUCUUCUUGCAGUUCAUAUCAAGCAUUUCCGAUUGCACACCCUGAUGAAAAGCUUGUUGAAGUAUCAAAAAAAUGUGAACAAAGAAUUUUAACACUUCUUAAACACUUCAUUGACUCUUAGUAAAUUUUAACAUUCAUACACGCUCCACGAACUGUCCCCAAACGUUUCGUAAAUGUCCGAAACACAUCUGUCACAUUGUCUUCGACCGAACAGCUAAUAACGUUCACGUAAUGUAGAAAUCUCAUUAUAUAUUUUACAAUGUCUUGUCACUGAAGAGGACCUUAAACGUGGGUCGAAACGUAUUUCGUAAUUUGUAACUGAUAAUAAUAAAUUCUUAUUCGUAACAAAUAA